UGAUGCUCAAGAUGCUGGAAAAGUUUGUAAAAAUAUCAAACUAACUUUGAGUAAUUCACUUUGAAUGGCGAUCGACCAUCUGGGCCUUUAUGUAAAUAUACAAUGUGGUGUAUUCCCUCUCUUUGGGGUCUUAUUCAUGCUCACAAUCAUGCAAUAAAAGUGAAGCUUGCGUCCAGUGGAAAAAUAAGACCCGAAAAGAGAGCGCAUUGUGAGAACCCAGCACUCUGGAUUAAUUUCAUUACAGUCCUUUCCCUCGCACAUAAAUUAUACAUGGUACUUUUAGGAACUGGAAACUUGAAGCCACGCAGUAAGAAACUUUGUCCUUUCUUAGCCAGUUCUAAGCCAAGUGCAAUGUUGGUGGUUGGACACUAACUGUUGCAGCAGAGCAAAGCGGCAAAUCGAGGCAGAGAGUAACGGCCCGUAGAGCAUGCGCAGAGCAACGGCGCUCAAUGUUCUAGCUCCAGCGUUGGCUACAAAAGCAGUCAGCAAACAGUAAUAUGCCCAGUCGUUGCUAGCGAGUUGAAAGUUAAUGUUGUGGCUGAAAAAAAGUAAGAAAUGAAGAGGGAUUGCCCCUAGUCACAGGACAUUUCGGACCGGAUGCCAGCGUGCGUGACAAUUAAAAAUUAAAAUCCAAGUGAAUAGACCAAAGGCAACCAAAGGCAGUGCAAGUCAGAUAAUUGCAGGCAGUAAAGUGGGAAGGAGCAGCAUGUUCUUUCGACGAAUUUUGGAACGCAAAGAUAGCAGCAGUAACAAUGCGCCGCUCCCUAUAGCUUCCACAGCAACGUCAGCGGCCAAUGGCAGUGACUACAACAGCGAGGACAGCGAGAGUGUCACUUAUGUGAGUGGUGCCGCUGCCAGUGAAGUCAAGGACAAGAAUAACAAUCAGUCAGAGACUGGGGCUGGGCUCCACACCCAGCCGAAAAUGCAACGACGAGCGGAGGCCCCGGCGAUGGGUGGUGCAACUGUGCAACUGACACCCCUGUGGGAGCAUAUUCUUCGCACACGCCGCCUGCCGGAAACCAUUAGCCCCAGCGCCAUGUUUGCCGAGUUCCAUGAGCGGCUGCAGGAUCCCGAGUGGCAGGUGCGCCAGCACGCCCUGCGAGUGCUCGUCGAUGUCCUUGUGGUGAUGCAAGACCGCGCCGACAGCCACAUGGAGGAGCAUCAGCUGAUCGGGCUGCUGGUCGAGAACCUGGGCCACCAGGCGCCCACCGUUCGCAAGGGAGCACUCGACUGCCUGCGCGUGUAUCUGGCGGAAACAGCUGUACCCGAAUCGGUUGUCCUCAGGAUACUCGACACGGGACUGUCCCCCAUGGACUCGGACCACGGGCGGCUCAGCUGCGGCGUUCUGCUCUCACUGCCCGCCAUACUCCAAUCGAUUUUGCACACCCCCCAGCGGCAUUUUAUCGUGCAGCAGGCACUGCAGCGUGUGGUGCAACAUUUGGAGCAACUGCCGCAGCAGGAGCUCACGCUGAAGGUCUUGUCCAAGAUGCGAGAGCUCCUGGGCGUCCACGAAUUUGAAGCCAUUAUGAACACGGUGGGCGGACACACCACCCUCAGCAAGUACUACCAGUUGUGUCAGGUGUACGGAGUGUCUGAGAAGCAGAAUCGCCUGGGAGAAGUCAAAACGGGCGCCUGGCGGGCACUGCCCAGAGAGCAGAGCUGGAGGAGCAGCAGUCACCCCUUGGACGCUUCGCUGCAGCUGCAGCAGGCCAGUUGUUCGGACAAGGGAAAGGUGAUAAUGGAAACGGAAAUCCAGAUCAACGAUGACACCGUCACCAUGCGACUGCUCGAGGCGGACACUGAGACGGAGGAGUCCGACAGUCCAGCGCGAGUUUACUCCAAAGAAAUGGAGACCAAAGAGCUGGUUUGCCGCGCUUUGCCGAGUGCCAGUAGAUCCUCCCACCAGGAUCUGCGAGAGGCUGCAGGCAUCGUACAGGUCAUCAGCGACUCUGAACUGGAUGAGCCUCCAGCUGCUGCGGCGGGAACGGAGAACAAAUCCGAGCCCAGCACGCCCUCGCGGGGCCUGAAGCGAGUGACAUUUGGUGGGGAGGUAGUGAAAAUGCGCACUCCGGACAGCGAUGCAGCUACCAGCAAUCCCAAGCGAACAGCUCAACCCAUUGUUAUAGCCCUGGAUGAAUCCUCGGGCGCCACGCUGCAAUCUCCGUUGGAGGAUGAACCUCCCGUGAGCUUACCAAGUGACAGCAAGACCUCAGCGUUGGUUGUGGAAAUACCCUACGAUAAUACCAAGCCACUGCCACGCCCAUACAGCUCUCAGUCGGUGCGAGCACAGAGCCAAGUGCAAGCGGAUCAGCCAACGACAAGUCCCAGUCCCAGCCCGAGUUCCAAACAGCAAGAAGUGGACUCCAAGCAGACUCCAUCGCCGCAUUCCCCGCAACUCUACCGCAGUCGCAGCACGAGUCCAGCGGGCAGCAACAACAUAAGUCCCAAGGUGCCGCACAAACAAAUCGAAGUGCUGCACAAUCUUCAGCGGGAUCCCUCGCCGCGUUCACAGCGUCGCAGCGAGGAUAUGGCAGAGCGUUCUCCAACCCCUACCGAAACCAAGCGAGCACGCAGCAACUCCAUCAUAUCAGCAGAGUCGCCAGUGACCCCAAAGUCCUGGGAGGAUCUGGACAUUGUCAACUAUAAAACUCUAAUGAAUCUCAGAUCUGGGGACUGGCGGCAUCGCUUGCAGGGCUUUGCCCAUCUGGAGCUCGCCCUCAGCUCCUCGAGCAACUUGGCUCAGGUGCAGCCGUACUUGGACAGUCUGCUGCGCACUUUGCUCUCCUCGGAGCGACACUUUGAGGUGGCUGAGCUGAAGCGUGAGCUGCUGGUGAAUCUGAUUACACGCCUGCCGCUGGACAACUUGGAGGAGCGAACGCUGCAGAUCCUGACGGGACUGUGUCGCCAGGGCACCGCGGGAGCCAAUCGAGUGUGCAAGGCGCUGAUGCAGCGACUGCCAGCGGGCACAAUUGUGGCCAAGCUGACAGCGCCAGAGUUUAUGCAUGCCAAGAGCUCAAAGUUCCGUGAUCAUGCCCUCCAAAUGUCCAUUUUCGCGUUGAUGACUUUUCCCGGCACCUGCUUUGACAUUAAUCUCCUCACGGCACAGACCAUUUACUCUUCGCUGAAUCGCAAGCGACGCGUGCGUCAGGCUGCCCUGGAGGUGCUUGCCGUCCUGGCUGACAUCUCCUCGGUCAAGCAGGUGCUGGCCAUUGUGUCCGAAAUGGCUGCAGGCGUGGAGCUCGGUCCGCCCAUGCUGGAGGCUGCCAGAAUGCGCCUGUCCCGCCUGCAGCUGCCCAUCAUCACGCCGGACAGUUCCGUGCUGUUUGUCUUCAAUCAAACGGACACGCCCGGCAACCGGCGUGGCGCGGAUGUGGACUGGAUCAAUCAGGGCGAUGGCUCAGCCUCACCAAAUGCCAUCAAGCGGCGUCGCAUGCGUGCCGCAAGCAGACAGCGUGGGGUCCAGGAAGGUGCAGAGGCAAAAGACAGCGCACAGACACUCCACAGUUUUAGUCACGUCAAUGAGAAUCUGCAUAGACAUUCCUUCCAAUCUCCGCCAGAAACCCUAGGCAUGACCAGUCCCAGUCCCAAUGACUUUUCUCAGAGAUUAAGUUUUGGCGCCAAUAGGACAAUGCAUGGCAACCUCAUGGAUCGCCGCAUGGUGGGCAAAACCUGCUCAGACACUUCGAUGGAUGGCCGAAGCACUGACAGCACGGCAACCACUUGCAGCAGUGGCAGCACUGGCAGUUUUAUACAGCUGACAGGCCGCACUGGCAGUCACUUUGCGGCACCCAACUCGAGAUUCCCCGCCAUGCAUCAGCACACGGAUUUUGUGAACAAUUUUAUGCGUAGCAUGCAGCGUUCCAGCACGUCCUACAACAUGGAUGGGCAGGCAUAUCCAAAGGUGAGCUACACGAACCCCAAGUCGACGCAGCAGAGCCAAAUGCUGCGCAAGAAGCUGCAGCAUCAGCACUCCUUUACCAUCGCCCAGCAGAGCAACCGAACACGAAACGCUGGCCAGGCACAAGAUGGCGAAAUGCACAAGAAACAGCGCAGCUUUUCCACAGAUAAUCUACAAUCCGCACAGCAGUUGGGCAGGGAAUCAAAAUCAGAUACAAGCGUUCACAUUGGCGCGGAGUCGGAAGCGAACAAAGGUGCCACGGAUGGCUCACCGCUGUCCGUAAAGUCCACGAGCUACUCCCAAAAGUCCACAGCCUCAGCCAAGUCGAGCAACAGCCACUGUGAGACGGAGCGACGACCAGCGAGUGCCGCGCGGAGUGCCGAAAGCGUGGAUAAACAAUUGGAAGUUCUCAGUCUGGAGCGCAAUGCGGUGGAGACCUUUGGCGAGCUCGUGGUGGAUGAUAUUGUAUCAAACAUAGAGGAGGAAGCGGAGCAACUGCGCCAGGAGGACACUCUCAAACGCAACGAGAGCGUCAACAGCCUGCACAGCAAAACGGAGAGCAUCAAAACGCAGCUGGAGGACGCGUCCCCGCAGCUUUCAAGAGCACAAUCGACCAAGUCGCUGCCCAUCGAAGAGGACAUUGAAGGCAGCAACAGCUUUGUGGUGGUGGAAGAGGUGCAGCAUGAGCUGCAGGCAUCACCGAGUGACUCCUCGCCGGUGGAGCAGUUGGAGGCUGAACCACAGGCAGAAAGUGUGGAGCCAGCACGCAGUUCCUUCAGCUUAAAGUCGGACAACUUGGGCCUGCAGCCGCGCAGCAUUUCCCUGGAGUCACUCUAUGGGGCGCGCCCUGCCUCGAAGCAGGGAUCCCUGGAUAAUACCAGCACCAGCACCACAGACAACACCUCGCAGUCGGGCUCGCAGCUGGGCAACAUCAGUGCUAUCGCUGCCAUUGCUGUCAGAGGAAAGGCCAAGCACACGCCGCUCAAGCAAAAGUCAAAGACUUCGUACUUCCUGCGCGGCCAGCGGCGUGUCUCGCCCGUGAAGCAGGCCAUCAAGAUCUCGCAGGCGGAACUGUUCCCCCAGAACAUGUCGCGCUUCGAGAAGCCACGCGAGGCCCUACUCAAGACCUUUGACCAGCUGGACUCCAGCAACUGGGAGCUGAACAUUGUGGGCUUGAAGAGUCUGGUGCGGCUGAUACGCUGCCACGCGGAGUUUCUGGACAGCCACAUGCACAUGACCUGCAUCCAGCUCACCCGCUCGGUGCGGAAUCUGCGCUCCCAGGUGGCUCGGGCCUCCUGCCAAGCGGCCGCCGAGCUGUUCAGCUUGAAGUCCAAGUAUCUGGAGCAGGAGUGCGAUGAUCUGGUGUGUGCGCUGCUGCAUCGAACCGCAGACACGAAUCGCUUUAUACGCGCGGAUGCCACGCACGCCCUGGAGUCCAUGGUGGACCACGCGCAGCCCGUCAAGGUGCUGAAUAUCCUCUCCAGCAAGGGUGCGCAGCAUCAGAACGCUCUCGUGCGCACCUCCACGGCCAAGCUGUUGUUCCGACUCGUCGAGCGGCUGGGCAGUGAUCGCAUCUACGCCAUGGGGCGGGACCAUCGCGACAAGUUCUUUGUGGUGGGCGCCAAUCUGCUGCUCGAGGGCAGCCUGGAGACGCGCAGCUAUGCCAAGUCGCUGUUCCGCGCGCUCUCCGAGCACAGCAGCUACCAGCGACUGCUGCUGGAGGUGAUACCAGCGCGCACGUAUCGGAAUGUGGAGAAGACGCUGAGGAGCAUAGCACGUUAGUAGGGAAAACAAUCUGCAUCUUUGUACAGCUUAAACUCUAUUCAAGGUAGACAGACACUUCAUAUGGAAUGCUUAUUUCAUAGAUGAAUGUGUUUGUUGUGUGUGGUUUAC